CCCGGGGCGCGGCCCGUGAAGCGGCGGGGCACGGCCAACCGCAAGGAGCGGCGCAGGACUCAGAGCAUCAACAGCGCCUUCGCCGAGCUGCGCGAGUGCAUCCCCAACGUGCCGGCCGACACCAAGCUGUCCAAGAUCAAGACCCUGCGCUUGGCCACCAGCUACAUCGCCUACCUCAUGGACCUGCUGGCCAAGGACGACCAGCACGGCGAGGCCGAGGCCUUCAAGGCCGAGAUCAAGAAGACGGACGUCAAGGAGGAGAAGAGGAAGAAGGAGCUGAACGAGAUCUUGAAAAGCACAGUGAGCAGCAACGAUAAGAAAACCAAAGGGAGGACUGGCUGGCCGCAGCACGUCUGGGCUUUGGAGCUCAAGCAGUGAGGAAGAACUCGAGGAGCUCACCGUCUCCUCCUCCUCCUCCUGGACUCGUGAGAGAGCUCUGAUCCGAGGACUCUUUGUGUUUGGAAUCAUCCAGUUAAUUUAUGUGCAAUUUCCCCCCACUCCCUCCACCAUGUGGAUAUCCGAAGACAAAGCAUUCCAUAUUUUAAUAUGAAGAGGAAGCGCCAGCUUGGUAAGGGGUAAAGUCUCAAUAGUUUCCUGAAUGUGAUUGCUCUGUACAGACCCCACGGGUAAAGAUAGAAAAGGGGGAGGCGGGGGGAAAGGACUCCCUGGCAUUAGUGUGUAUGUGAAGUGUAUCUCUAAUUCUGGCCCUUUUUGGAUAUAAAUAUUCAUGGGAUUCUAAAGUUAUAUUUCAGCAGAAACAGUUGCACCAGUGCUCCAGCUGACUUGGUAUUUAGUGUCGUCAUUUUGUUGUGGUCGUUCAGUAUUGGCAGAUGUUUUCAACAGUUAUUUGUUAUGUGCACUUCCGUCCUUAAGGAAAAGAAGAAGAAAGUGGAGUUUAAUUAAUAUUGAAGGUGUAAACGUUGUAAGUAUUCAAUAAACCACUGUGUGUGUUUUUUUUUUUUU